UUUACCAGUGAGGAGUGUCACUGCCAACGGAGAGAGUGUGUGUGUCCGGUGUGUAGCAUGAAGGAGACGUCCGACACCGCUGUAUUUGUUCGACCGCCGAAAUGACCAAACUCACUCCGUCACAUUUCGAGGACAUCAGAUAAGGAACUUCACAGUCUAAACAGUACAAUAGAAUUACUGCUCCCUGCUACCGCCAGCCAGCUCCGCCGUCAUGUUCUCGGUCGAGGAAAUGGCUCGGCUGUAGCCACGGUGUUUCUGUGACCAGUGUGUAUCUGCGUCAGUGACCGUGAUGCGUUUCAACGAGAAGGAGCUGGUUUCUCUGAGCCGCCAGCCCUCGGAGAUGGCAGCUGAGCUGGGGAUGCGAGGUCCCAAGAAGGGAGACGUUGUAAAGAAGAGGCUUGUGAAACUCGUCGUCAACUUCCUCUUUUACUUCCGGACUGAUGAGGAGGAGCCAAUUGGAGCGCUGCUGCUGGAGCAGUGCCGGGUGGAGAGGGAGGACAGCCAGAGCUUCUCCAUUGCAUUCCUGGAUGAAGCAGAGAGGAAGUAUUUGUUUGAGUGUGACUCCGAAGAACAGUGUGGGGAGUGGAUAGACUCCAUUAUCAAGGCCAGUUAUGAGUUCAUGAGGAAGAAUCUGAUAUUCUAUCGAACUGAAAUCCACAGGCUCACUGGCAAGGUGAGACCCUUCACAGCAGCGUGUCAGUGCACUAAAUGCCACACAGAUGGUGCUUCUCUCCAACACUGUCAUACCAUAGGAAUGCUUACAGUGUGAAUGACACUGUCAGUGUCUGUGCCAUGCACGCACAGUAUCACCAGUUUCAGCAGAAGAUAGAUUGGCAGGCAACAGAGGAAGAUUCAGUAGUUUGGAUUUUGAUGGGGUAAGGUUUUGCUGCUGAGACUUAGGACACAAUAUACAGUUCUUUGGGUAAAUGGUACACUACUGCACGUUUUUGUUUUUUUGUCAUUUGUUUGUUUGUCUCUGUGCCUGUGUGUGAUUUCAGUGAACUAACCAUUUUAUCUGAAGUUUGAUUCAGUUUCAAUAACGGCGCAUUUGUUCUGUACACGCCAAACUUUUGUUUUCUUAGAGUCUUUACUCAUUGUUUGCAUUCUCCGCAGGACCCCUUGGAGCAAUAUGGUAUAUCAGAUGAAACUCGCUUUCAGAUCAGCAAUGGGCUGCAACUUCUGCCGAGUGAUACCUCCUCCCUGUAGAUCAGUGGCCCGCCAUUCCAACACUCAGUCCUCAAUGGUUUGAAAGCCAUGGCAUUACUGUUCACACUCUAGACCAUGCAUAGUGAUAACUCUGAUUAUUUCUGUUGUGUCAUUGUCAGUCAUUACAGGUAAUACGUGGCUUUGGAAAUAUCAUCACUGUGUUAUUUUCGGUUUAGGGGAUUUUACAUGCCAUUUCAUUUUCAGACCUCUGCCUUAGUUGAUCAGUGGUCUGUAUAAAUCUUUUAUUCUGUGUUUUCUACUGGACAAACUGUACAUCUAGACUGUCAUUUUGAGCGCUUCUGCUUGUACUUGUGCUGUAGAGCCGGGCCUGUACCUUUCUUGCAGGACUGUUAGUAAUAUUAUGACUGUGUUUAGCAAGAAUCAAUCCAGGAGAUAUGAACAUUUGAUGAAAACUAAUCAGUUGAUCAAGUAAGUCACAGUGGUAGAUCCCCUGGCCGAUUCAGAAAACCUUCUGGCAGUAUUUACUGUCCUUAUUUGAACUGCACGAGCCCUUUGAUCUGCUCGAUUGAGCCACAUAAUUUACUCCAUUUUUACUUAGAAAGAAGAGUUUUAGCUAUCUCAGUAUGUAUUUAUCAGCCAGACCAUUAAGAAUAUUUAGUUUUAAAACUAUACUUUUGCACAUAUUACUUAACUGGGUGUCGAGGGUUUUUUUGUUUUUGUUUUUUUUGGUUUUUUUUUAAAGAAUUUCAAUAAUUUACUUGAACCUACUGUACCUUUUCUGUGGCACUUUGAACCUGAUUUCUUUGGGUAAGCCGUUGGACCAUGUUGGAAAACAAGGCUCUUGACAUGAUUUUUAUCAUAUCACAGCAACUUCUUUGUCGGUGUAGUGUACUAGUGAGUUCAAAUUUUGCUCUCCACCACAAUUCACUAUAGGGCAUUGCUGUAUCCUACAAAUUGGUGAAAUAUUUAUUUCAGCAGUCGGGAGUCUACCCAAAAACAUUGAAACAUUGAAUGUGUCUCCAGUUUUAAAAUCUUUUGCACAUGGAAUGUGUUUAGUCUGUUUUUACUUCAUGUUAGACUAUAUUUGUUUCACUGACAUCUUUUUUUUUUUUAAACUAAUAAAGCCAUUUGAAAGAUA